AUGGGAAACACCUUGUCCAAUUCAACCCUAUUCCGCCCUACUGAACCAAGUUAUGAUGAUGAAUUGAAAAAUCUUGUAUACAUCCCCGAAUUAAUGAACAUUGAUGUCAACAAAUUUUGGAAUGACAAAACAUAUGAAAUAUUCAAUAAGGAAGAGAAUAUAAAAGAACUUCAUAAUAAAAAGUUUCCAGCUUUAUUUUUAUAUUAUACUAAAGAUGUAAAAACUAAACAUACCAUAAUGUAUUUUCAUAGUAAUUCCUGUGAUCUAGGACAAAUUUAUGAUGAACUUAAUCAUUUACAUGAACAUUUGCAUGCUAAUAUUUUGGCUAUAGAAUAUAUAGGAUUUGGGUUAUGUUAUUUAGAAGGUUCAACAAACCAAUAUAAUAUUAACAGAAGAGCAUUAGCUGCUUAUAAUUUUUUAAAAUCAUUAAAUAUUAAAAAUGAAAAUAUUCUAUUAUUUGGGAGAUCUAUAGGUACAGGAGUUGCUAGUAAGUUAGCAUAUAACCUAAAAUUAAUUGGGGUGUCAGUAGCUGGAAUUAUUUUACAUUCUCCAUAUAUAUCUAUAGAAAAAUUAGUUGAAGAUUAUUUUACUUAUUCUUCUUAUUUUAUUGAAAACAUUUAUGAUAAUUAUAAAAACUUAUCCUUCCUAAGUAACAACACAGAUUCAGAUAUACCAAUUUUGUUAAUACAUGGUAAAGAAGAUGAAAUUAUUCAUGUCUCGCAUUCAGAAUAUUUAAUGAAGAAUUUGAACAACAAAUUUAAACAUGCUUCUUAUCCAACUGAUUCGUAUCAUAAUUAUUACUACGUUAUAGAUGAUCUUGGAAUUCCAAUAAAAAUAUUCCUAGAAACCUUGAGCAAAUCAAAGAAUGCAAAAUCUGUUGAUAUUAAUAUUCCCAAAGUUUAUUUUUAUAGAGAACUUAUAUAUUACCGAAUAAAUGGCCUCGAUGAAACAUUCAAAAGGUUAAAUGAAGACGAAAAAAAUAAAAACACAAAUGACAAGAAGACAACAAAAGGAGAGUCAUCAAAAGAUAUAUGUUCCAUUGAUAAAUUAACAAAAAAAAGAGAUUCCAAAAAAAAAGAUAAAAAAGAAAAAAGCACAAAUAUAACGUGUACUAAUAUAAUCAAUAACAAUUCAAGUAACGACCUAUCUAUACAAAAUAUAACAAACGCUAAUAUAAAAAAUAAGGAACAAGAAUAUACAGAUCAGAGUACACAAAAAAAUAAUAAUACAUGUUCUAAAAAAGGGGAUUCAAUAUAUAGUAUUAUUAAAAAUGAAUAUAUAAGAAAUACACUUGAAAACAAUUUAAAAAAAAAUUAUAUGGCAUCCAAAAAACAUUAUCAUAAAAACGAUGAAGAAAAAAAAAAAUCAAAUAUUAAACAACACAAUGUAAUACACAAGGAAGAUGAAAAUAAAAUUUUAAAACAAAAACACAGUGAUUUAAAAAAAAAUAAACAUCUAGAUAAAUAUAAUAUAGAAGAAAAUGUUCAUAAAAAAAGUAAAGAAACAAAAAAUACAAAAACCUCAAAAGGAUAUACAAACAUUUUAAAUAAAAAUUAUGAUAAAGAUAUCAUCAAUGAAGAAAAAAAAAAAAAAAAAAAAAAGAAUAUAAAUAAUGUAAAUAUAAAUAUAAUUACAUCAUCAUCUUCAAAAAAAAAUUUUAAUGAUCAUUAUGAAAAUAAUUUAUUUGAUAAAUGGGAUGGUAAAAUAUAUUGUACCAAGAAAAAAAAAACAACAGAAGAAUCUGAUGAAAAAAAUGAAUUUAAUACAAAUGUUGAACAAAAUAUUUCUUCCUAUCAAAGUAACCAAAGAAAUAAAAAAGGAACUAAUGAUGAUAAUAACUUGGAUAAUGAAAACAAUAUAUAUAUAAAAGAAUGUAAUAUUUAUGAUAUUAAUAGUAUAAAUAAUAAUAAUAACAAGUACGAAAUAUGUAAUUAUGAUAAUGAUAAUGAUAAUACAUUUAAAAGAAACUCAUCAUCAAGUAAUCUAGACAAGGACAAAAAUCAUACCUUAUAUAAUGAAAAAUAUAAAGAUGAAUAUCCCAAACAUGUACACGAAAAAAAUAAAAAGUUUCCUAUUAUUCAUUAUAAAAUAAAUGAUUUCAAAUAUUAUAUCAAAAAUAAUAUUAUUAAUAAAGAAAAAAUUGAUAAUAUUGUUGAAGGGUAA